GUGAGGCGCCCACUCUCGCGGAUUUCACCACCCUCGAUCGACACUACGCUGACAUCUCUCGUCAGCGUCGAUCUCAGUCCCCCCCCGCCCCCCCCCGGCCAACCCCAUCCACCUAGCCACGAUGCACGGUGCCCCUGAGGCCUCGCACGUAGCCGGCUUCCCGACCACCGAGUCGCAGUUUGCCCCUUUGGCUACCCCACGAGAGGACCUUCAGGACACGACAGACGCACUUCUCUUCGCCCCAUCGUCUGUCAAAGUACCGUCUGCCUCCCAGCAGACCGCCGCAUCUAGCGCUUCUCCCCCGAGACUUCCGACGCGUCGCGCCAUUCGCACAGCCCGUUGUAGCGCCCAGAUGGCGACUCGCGAUGACGUUGUGUCAUCUUUCCUGGACUUGAGCAUUCCGCAGGCUCGUCAGGAGCGCCUCACGAGACACAUCAACGUCCUGCGUCGUCUUCUCGCCUUGCUCUCUGACCUUGAUCACACCCUACCCAUCAUCCCUAUUCGCCUAGGGACAUCUACGAGGGUGUACCGCGCUUUAUGGGACUCUGGCUCGCAGGGAGAUUUCGUUCACCCUCGCGUGGUUGAGGAAGCUCGCCUAGCUACCUCUGGGUCUCGCUCUCCUAUCUUCGUUACCCUCGGAGAGAACAAAACGCAACGCUUCUUCGAUGAGACGGUCCCCGACCUCCACUUCUCCCUCACCCUCCAGCCAUCGGAUAGUCCCCAGACGCCUAGGCGCUACCAUUCCUCCGCAUACUUCGACGUGCUGGAGACUGGGUACGACUUUAUCCUUUGCACUUCCUGGUCUCACCGGUUCCGUGGCACAGAGGCCGAAUGGGCGACCGAGACACUCGUUCUCAAAACGAAGUGUGGUCAGACCCAUCGCGUCCCGUUCAUUAGAACCACGGGCGACACCCCGCUCGACCUACCUCCCCAGGACCCUCGUCCCUCAGGGUCCCACCCCAACAUCGCGUUCACUUCCCCUAGUCAGUUUGCUCACUUCAUACGACAGGAGGACAUCACGUUCUACUCAGUGAACGUCAUGGAUCUUCUUCGUUACAAUCCACUCUGUCCCGAGGUUGAGCUCAUCUCUCUGGAGCCCGAUCCCCCUGACCCUCUUUCCAUAUUCGCGGCUCCCAUCUCUACAUCCACUCGUCAGCCUGCGGAUACCUCCUCCACGUCUCAGGCCCUUGCGCCGUCGACUGUCGAGUCCACACAUACGUCUCGUGCUGACGUAGACGCUGAGGAACUCACACGGUUCACGACAGACUUAGAGCCCGCCGUACUCCAUUAUCAACUCUUCUCCAUGAUGUCAGCGUUCUGCGGCUCUGUUUCGACAUCGACUCGACUGUUGUACAUCGACGCGUUUUUCUUCAACUCAAAGGGUGGAUGCCAGAUCUGGCUCAACCACCUGGCGACUAUCCACGGCGUCCAGGUCGCCGAUCUACAUGAGAAGAUCUCUUGGGAAGUGUUGACGAGGCUAUGGAAGAAGCGGUUCAUUGUGGACGACGCCCUGACGCUCGCCAUCAACCGCCUCUUCGCGGUGACCCAAGGCAACACACCGACACCGGACUGGCUUACAAAAGGGCAAAAGACCGCUGCAACGCCUGAUCUCGAGUUGCCGUUUUUGCAUCUGAGCCUGGAGUUCUACAACCGGUCAUGUGCCGCCUUGAGCCUCACACUUGGUGAUCGCGAGCAUUGCACGACCUUCGCCGAAAUCAUCGAAAAGGCAAGGGAGAUCAUCAAGAUCAAUAGGGCGGCUGCACACGAGAAGUCAGCGUGGCAGCCAACCUUUGUGGAGAAAGGAAAAUUUGGUCCGUGCGCGCAGCAUGUUGCUGCAGUCCAACCGGACAACAUUGUGGAAGACCCGGCAGCCACCCAAGCAUCACGUGAGGGAGAUCAUCUGGCCGCUGUCCAGCCACGAAGCAACAACAACUCCCGAGGAAAAGGGAAGGCAAAAACCGCAUCGCCGGCCGGAAACGGACAGCCAACACCAUGGGUCAAGUUUCACUUGACUAAGGCCGAAUACAAGUGGCGCGGCCGACUUGAAGAGCUCGACCCGCUGAAGUUUGUGGACUUCCAAUGGAUGCCCCUUCCCCCGUCCGGUCGAUUGCCGAAACUGCAUUGCAAUGUGCUCAUGGCACAAUUGCGGGAAUACUUGCAAACUACAGUACCAGCUCCGUUGAUUGACGCCGGAGUAGAGGUUGUCGACCUUCACGACUCCGUUGCAAAUAUCGACCGCGAGUUCAAGACACAACGGUACGACGACAUCGACGCGCCAUUGUUGUACAUACGCAUUCAGAUUGGAGAGGCGACCUGCAACGCUUUGAUCAAUUGCGGAGCUACUCGCAACUACAUGAGCCAAGACUUCAUGGUACGCGCUGGCCUUGGGGCACGCGUUCGGAGGAAGUCGCAGCCCAUGCAAGUCACGUUGGCCGACGGUCACACACACAAGUCAAUCGACCGGUGCAUUGAUGCUGUCCCUGUGUACUUUGCCCCACAUGCAAGCGAGGUCGUGUCCUUCGACAUUUUGGACACCAAGUUUGAAGAGCUCAACCCGCUGAAGUUUGCGGACUUCCAAUGGAUGCCCCUUCCCCCUUCGAGUCGAUUGUCGAAAUCGCAUUGCAACAUGCUCAUGGCGCAAUUGCGGGAUUACUUGCACACUACAGUACCAGCUCCGUUGAUGGACGCCGGACUCCGUUGCGAAGAUCGACUGCGAGUUCAAGACACAACGCUAAACGGGCAAACCGUCAAGAACGUCGGCCCUCUUCCUCGCAUCAACAACCUCCUCGAACGGCUGAGCGGCGCCAAGUUCUUCUCCAAGCUUGACCUGAAAUCGGGAUAUCACCAACUCGAGAUCCGGCAGGAGGACCGCUACAAGACCGCAUUUAAGACGCGAUAUGGGUAUUUCGAAUGGCUGGUUAUGCCUUUUGGCCUUACGAAUGUCCCGACCACAUUCCAAGCGGCUAUGACAACGGAGUUUCGACACAUGCUGGAUAGAUUUGUACUCAUCUUCCUCAACGACAUCUUGGUGUACAGUCGGAGUUUGGACAAGCAUGUGGAGCACCUGCACACCGUUUUGGAGCGGCUACGACAAGCCAAGUACAAAGCCAACCGCGACAAAUGCGAAUUCACGCGGCAAGAGCUGGAGUACUUGGGACAUUAUGUGACGCCGCAAGGCAUCCAUCCGCUUGUGGACAAGAUCGAGGCCAUCCGCAUGCCAUUCGUAUUCUAUGACGACGCACGCCGGUCAUUCCAAGCACUCAAGACGGCUAUGCUCUUGACACCCGUCCUUAGCAUCUACGACCCCACCCUAUCAACGAGAGUGACAACUGACGCUUCCGGCUAUGGCAUUGGGGCAAUCUUGGAACAACACAACAGCGACGACAGGCACCCCGUUGAGUAUUUCAGCCACAAAGUGCUUCCCAUCAAUUCACUUGAUGAUGCAAGGAAGAAGGAGCUGCUCGCGUUCGUGAUGGCUCUCAAGCGAUGGCGGCACUUCCUCCUUGGGCGUCGUAGGUUCACAUGGGUCACGGAUAACAACCCGUUGACCUACUACAAGACGCAGGAUACGGUGAGCAGCACGAUCGGACGAUGGAUGUACUUCAUCGWCCAAUUUGACUUCACACCGAAACAUCUCGCCGGCCUCUCCAAUCGCGCAGCGGAUGCACUCUCGCGAAGACCCGAUCUUUGCGUUAUGACACAUCAUGCCUUCACAUUCGACGAGGAACUCCAGCAACACUUCAUCCGGGGCUACGAGUCCGAUCCGAAUUUCGCCACGUUUGCAGAGGCAUCUUCUCCAAAGAAGCGAGUGUCGGUCCUUGUUGAUCUGACAAAUGGCAUGGAUGACCAGAUCAGUUGGGAUGGCGUUUUGGCUCAAACCUUAAGGAUUGAUAUAGUAAAGAAAACACUGUAUGGUCUGGCAAAGACAUUUCGCCAAUUCGACAGUGUCGCGCUUACUACACACCCAGCAGGCAUUGAGACUGAACUGGAGAAAGUCUUAGGGAUUGAUGACCCUAACCGGUGUGCCAAUUACAAUGCAUCUCUCGACCGAUUGGCUGCAAAUUUUUCGUCAGUUGACCUCACAGAUGGAAUAAGGAGGGCAUUAGCGAAAUUCAGAACUGUGGAUGGGAAUGAAACAGAGAUUUUAUUGGUGUUCACUCGUGGGAGGAUCAACGUGGAGAGCGCAAAGGAUGUGAUAAAUGCAUACAAUGGUGGCAGACCUGGGAAGAUUCCUGCUUUCCUCUAUGGGGUAGACAUAGGAGAGGAGGGGCAGGCAACAUUCAAUAACUUGACAGAGUUGGCAGAAAAUGUCAGUGGGAUAGCCAGAAAUAUGGGGAGUAGUGAUCCAUUGCUAGCCAUCUACUCCUACUUUGACUACCUCAGCCGAUUUCAGGCCAACGCGCCAAGCCCAUUCUGGGCAGAGAAAUACAAAGAUGCAUUUAGUCUGGGCAACAUCACCACACACGUCCAGCCAGUGUAUAAUUCACAAGGGCACUUCAUUGGAGUGGCUGCGAUGGAUGUUCGCCCGCAAAACAACAGCAGACGUUUUGCGGAAUUGGCAGAGACACAGAACUCAGCGGUGAAACCAUUCAUAUCAUCCAGUCUGAAGGACACACUAUACCGUCCAAAUUGCACGGUAGCAACCGAAUGUUAUGACGGAUUUCCCGACAUCUCCUGUAACAGUUCCCGAAGUUCAACUAUCCCAACGACUCCAGAAAUGGUAAUAUGUUCGAGGACUGAGAAAUCGAAUGAUCAUAGCAAGUGUUGCGGAAGCUGCAUCUCUGAGCCACAAUCACCAGCAGCACCACAAUCAUCAUCACCGGCAGCUGGUUCUUUAGUCUCUUCUUCCUCCUCCUCCUCCUCCUCAUCAUCAUCAUCAUUAUCAUCGGCAUGGCCAUCGACAGCGGCAUCAUCUCCACGUGGUGGUGGAGGAAGUGAACCCAUUCAUAAAACGGGGGUCCAGGUGGGCAUAGCCCUCGGCGGUGCUGUUGGUCUAGUUGUUGCUGGUGGCGUUCUUGCGUUUUUCAUCUAUCGCUGGAAACGUUCAUCUGAGGGCAGAAGGGCGGCCCCGCCCCCACCCCCGAUCAGACCGUAUGAUAAGCAUUGAACUGUUUCCAACAACUUCUGGGGCUAGCAUGCGCAAAGCGUAACCGGCCUAUUUGUUGCCAAAGGAGAAAAGCGACAUAGCCAAAAGCAAG